UAACAUAUAACUACCAGACAUGAUUAAUGGACGAGGAGAGGCGGUUGAGUCUGAUGUACAGAGGUCUAUAUUAGCUAAAAACAGGGAAAUACAGCAACAAAUCCUCGCUGUGGACACUGCUGACGACACUUUACAGAGGUUGUUGCUAGAUGAACUGGAGAGACACCCCAAUAAAGCUGCUUUGGUGGACGUUCUUAAAGAAAUAUCUCAACAAACUCUCUCCCUGCAGCAAAUACCUUCCUUUGAGAAUGAACAACAGAUGAUACGACUGGACAGUAUGUUAGCCUCAGAGGGGAUUACCCGCCCUGAAAAUCCCAUCAUCUUCCCAAAUAUCGGCGAAUCAGCAGUUGACCAGAGAGAAUACCAAGAGAAAAUUUCCAUUCUUCGUAAAAUAUACCAAGAGGAAAUGGCAGCGUACGAGAAGGCAUGUCAGGAAUUCAAAGACCCUGUCUUAUCAUUGUUAGAACAACAGUCCACACUGCGUCCUGUUACCCAGAUAGAGAAGGAGCUGUUACUUGCAAACAUUCAACACAGAUUCCAAGGAAUUCAGUUACAGCUUAAAGAUUCGAUAUGUCAGGCGAUCGUGGUCUUACGAAAUAGAAUAUUUGAUGUCCGACGCAAAAGACAGAAUUUCACUAAAGCUGCAACCGUCAUUUUGAAUGAGUAUUUCUAUAACAAUCUUGCAAAUCCUUAUCCUAACGAACAAGUUAAAGAGGAACUCGCCGCAAAAUGCAAUCUCUCAGUAGCUCAGAUAACCAACUGGUUUGGGAACAAAAGAAUUCGGUUCAAGAAGAAUUACGUUAAAAGCGAAGAUGAGCUGAACGUAGAAGAGACACACGAGACUCAGACAUACCCUGACACUAAUCCUGACAAGGAAAUGAGAGAUAAUAAUAAUCCAGACAGUUGAAUCGGAGGAAACAGCCGAGAAACUUUCUUAAAGUAAAAUAAAUCACAGUUUGUAAUUGGAUCAAUUCAGCCAUGAGUUAUUUGCUGGUAUGUUUUCAUGUGAGAAGAUAUUAUUGUAAACUUCUUUGCUUGUUAAGUUUUUCUGUCGUAGAAAGAAAAGAAUGCCGACAUUUCUUUGCUUCAAAUGUAUUAAACAUAAUAAUUCUAACUUAUUUUCAUGAGAAUUCAUUAUUGCUAGGGAUUUAUUUUCAUUACAGUAUUUAUUUAUUAAUAGCUAUGUUUUAUCUUACGAAUUGUUUCACUGCUCAAUAUUAUUCGAAAAUAUUAUGAAUAGAAAAUUGAUGCCGAUUUAAAACAUUAUCCGAUCAUUAAUUUUUGAAGUUUCCAUUCCAAAACAUCUCAUCACUUUCAUCAUAGAUUGAAGAUAGCAUGAUUAAAACUCGGUUAUCACAUCCCACUGCCAGGUUAACAUUGUUACCUGCGUGUCUAAUGCCUUGAUUUUAUUGCAGAUACAACAAUAAACACGGUUACUUUAAGGAUUUUUAAAUAGAAGAGAACUGAUUGCUUGUGUCUGGAAAUGAUCUCUCAGUGAAUUAUUUGCUGCUGAUCUGUUUGAAAAGAGUGGGAGGCUGAAACUGGAAAAGUGACAGUAGUGAUUGGAAAACGAUAAACUUUUCGAUGAAACGCAUUUUGGGGAGAGGGCGGUAUGCAAGAUAACUGCAGAUCCUCAAUCUCAAUGUAUUAACCGUGAUCUAUUGAAGAAGAUACUGAAUGCAUAUGCAGCUUAAUGCUUACUUACUAGCGCCUCAUUUGGAAAACUUUGUGUGAGAUUACCAAGACGUUUGCAGGAAGGAGCGAUUUGCUCUCAGAGGAAAAGAGCUUAUAACACGUUCUCCCAAUGAAAAUCAAAACAAGCCCUGCCCACAUUUCCUGAGAAUGAUCUGGAAGUUGUUCAGCGGCGUACUGAAGUUGUUGAAACUCCUGGACCUUAUUCCAA